UAAUUUAGUACCUAAUUUACUCACUUUCAGUUGCCCAUAGUGUUCCAUUGUUCAAGUGCGAAAGAUACAAAUGCAAUUGUUUUUUGCAAUAACCUUCUGGAAUUGAAUUGGAGGUAGCAACAACAAUUGGCAAAAGUGAUCCACCAAUUUAUCACAAUUUCUUAUCAGAAAUUAUGUGUCACUCGUAUAAUUGACUUCAAUCAGAAAGUGUCAACAGAUUUUUAAAAAAGAAAUGAACGAUUUUCUGGUAGCAGUAAAACAAGGAAUAGUAAAAGGUGUCGAGAAGGAAAAUGUCGAAGGUGGAAAAUAUAUUGUUUUUCAAGGAAUUCCUUAUGCUGCACCCCCCGUGGGAAAUUUGAGAUUUCAGGAUCCUCAACCAGCUUUAUUUUGGAAUGGAAUUCGAAAUUCUUUGGAGAAAGAAAAACAAGCUGCACAAAUUCACGCGAGAACUGGAGAAAUACUUGGUGAUGAUGAUUGUUUAUAUAUUAAUGUUGCAACAAAUUCUCUGGCUGGAAAAAAAGCCGUAAUGGUUUGGAUUCAUGGUGGUGCAUUUUCUUAUUCGUCGUCUGAUUUAAAUUAUUUCGGUCCAGAUUAUCUUCUCAAACAUGAUAUUGUUUUUGUUUCCUUUAAUUUUCGGCUUGGAGUUUUUGGCUUCUUGAAUUUAAAUAUAAAAGACUGUAGUGGCAAUCAAGGUUUAAAAGAUCAAGUCUAUGCUCUUAAAUGGGUUCAGGAAAAUAUAAUAAAAUUUGGAGGUAAUCCAGAUAAUGUAACAAUUUUCGGUGGGAGUUCAGGGAGUGUGUGUGUUCAUUAUCUUUGUAUUUCGCCACUCGCUAAAGGACUUUUCCAUAAAGCCAUUUGUCAAAGUGGUGUUGCAGUUAAUGUUAAUAAUUUACAAACUUCUAAUAAAGAGUUCGCUUUCAAAAUGUUAGAAGUCUUAGGAACAAAAAUUGACAAUCCCAAAGAAGCUGUACAAUUAUUUCGCAAUUAUUCAACACGAGAAAUUCUUCAAGCAGAAUUAAAAUUAGUGAAGGAUGUUGGUGUAUUUUUCACGAAUGCUCCAUUUUUACCAACUCUGGAUAUUGCCUGCGAAAAUCCAUUUUUACCACAAUCACUUCAAAUAUUAGUUGAAAAUGGAAUUAAUGUUCCAUUAAUGAUAGGAUACAAUAAUUUAGACGGCAUUGCUGUUAAUAUUGACAGAUCAGAAGAUGACAUUAGGAUUUUUAGUGAGAAAUUUGAGAAAAAUCUCAAAUCUCAUUUAAAUUUAAAUAAUUUGAUUGAUGUACCAAAAUUUAUUAUGAAUGUGAAAAAAUUUUAUUUUGGCAAAAAUCCGAUCACUAUCAAUGAGAUGAAAAACAUAAUGAAAUAUCGAGGAGAUGUUUGUAUCAUUAAUGGUAUUCAGUAUAUCGUUGAAAAGCAAAGACAUAAAAAAACUCCUACAUUUAUGUACAGAUUUGCAUAUAAAAUUGCUGACGUUAUCUUGGGCAGAAAUCCAAUUUAUAAAAAUUAUCAAGGCGCUGGUCACGCUGAAGAUAAUUUUCUUCUAUUUUAUCGUCCUCGAUUAGGUAAAGAAAGACAAAUUAAAAAAGGAACAAAAGAUUAUUUAAUGAUGCAAAUAAUGACAAAACUAUGGACGAAUUUUGCUAAAACUGGCGAUCCAACAUCGGUAAUGGAUGGUUUAAUAAAUAUUAAAUGGACACCUAUUUCUGAAAGUCAUAAAUUUUAUUUGAAUAUUGAUCAAAAAAUUACUUUAGAAGAAAAUCCAGGUGGAAAAUCAUGGGAAAUUUGGAAGCCUGUUUGGCUUAUUAAAAAUUUACAUAAUAUAAUUUAAAAUUAAGAAAUAUUACAGUAAGAGUAGAUUUUAUGAGUAUUUUUUAUUUACUAUAUAUAUAAUAAUUAUAAAGUCAUAAAAACAGUCAGAAGGAAAUAAAAAGAAAAAAAAGAAUUGGAUAUAAUGUUUCUAAAGGUAACAAAAUUAUAUAAUACUCGAUUAAAAGAGAUGCUUCUGACAUAUUCAGAAAAUGUAAAAUUAAUCGUAGUAAAAAGGUACUAUAAUACAUUUGGUAUAAUGUACUAUUGUAAUAGUUAUAUAACAAUAAUAAUAAUAAUAUUUGACAAAAAACUUAAAAUUAAUAUUAAUGUCAAUUGAAUAUUUUUUGAAACAAUUUAUCUUAAAUUUAGCCUAUGUACUCUUUAUAUUUAUAAUAAUAAUAUAUAUUUUUAUAAGAUAUUUUUAUAUAUAAAUUACAAUGUAAAAACAAGAGACGGACAUAUUAUUUAAAGAUCUAAUAUGAAGCCGCAUUAAUGGUGAUUUUUUGUUUCACAAACUACAAUGUGUAUGUGUGUGUUUAUUUCUUUUCUGAAAACUUGUGAUUUAGCAAAAAUAGAAUAUAAUUUUAAAAAGAAAGUCACACAAUCCGUUAAAAUCGGGUUCAGACAAAUAACGAUAUUAUUUAAAUAGGGGGGAAAAAAGAUAUAAUAUCACAAUUUACACAAAUACUUUUUGAAGCUAUAAUAAAAAGUGUAAAAAGAAAUAUGAUUUUUUUUUGUUGUUGUUGUUUUUAUCAAGCGCUAUUUUGAGCAAUAAAAAAUUAAUUUUACACGUAUUUAAAUUUGAGUUUUCAUUUUCAUUGUGGUUAUAAAUCUUGCUAAGUUCUCAUCUAAACUAUUAUUGGUUUUUUUUUCUUUUGUAACAAAUUUGGCUCGUUUUUUUUAUUCUUUCCACUCCUCAUUAAACGAUCAUUUACGGGUAUAGAGUGAUGUUUUCUUCUAUAAGUGUGUUGAUUAUAUAUACCAAGUAUAAUUUCAAGUAAAAAUGCUGGUUUUUUUUGCUCUAAAGCGUUUAAACAUUUUUCUCUUCAGAAUUUCUUCUUUUAAUAAAAAAAGAGAAAAUGCUCUUGAGGACUGCCGGACAAUAAUCUCCAGCCUCGUUUAAUAUUUAAAUAUUGAAUAAUUGCGCGAACGCAGAUUAAAACACC